AUGCAACACUCGUUGCCCUUCCGUCAAAACUAUAGAAAACCGUCGCGCCAAGCGAGUAUGGAUCCACAUAAUGAUUUAAACCCUCAUGUAGACCAUUUUAUCGGAAUAGAUGUUGGAACUGGAUCAGCAAGAGCGUGUAUUAUCGAUGCUUCAGGAGACAUCAAAGCCUUGGCUACAGAGAACAUUGGUCUAUGGCAACCGGAAGUCGGAUACUAUGAACAAUCCACAACAGAUAUCUGGAGAUGCAUUUGCAUGUGUGUGCAACGAGCUCUCAGCCAGCACAACAUUGACCCAACGACAAUUCGCGGUAUCGGUUUCGAUGCUACCUGCUCUUUAGCAGUAUUCUCACACGACACCGAUGAGCCAGUAUCUGUAACCGGUCCAAACUUCGCAAAUGAUGGCAACGACCGCAACGUUAUUUUAUGGCUCGAUCACAGACCUGUCGAAGAGGCGAAAGAAAUUAAUGCAACGGAACACAAUUUGCUACGAUACCUUGGAGGAAAAAUGAGCAUCGAGAUGGAAAUCCCUAAGAUUUUAUGGCUCAAGAACAAUAUGCCACCUGAGCUCUUUGACCGUUGCAAGUUUUACGAUCUGGCGGAUGCUUUGACACAUAUUGCAACAGGUAACGAGAGCAGAAGUUUCUGCAGUACCGUUUGCAAGCAGGGGUUUGUCCCAGUCGGUGUUGACGGAAGUGUAAAGGGAUGGCAAGAAGACUUUUACGAAGCUAUUGGCUUAGGUGAUCUUGCAAAGGAUAACUUUAAGCGAAUGGGAGGAGUCGACGGAGUAAAUGGCCACUAUCUGAGCGCUGGUGAACUUGUUGGUACUCUUAGCGAAAAGGCCGGUAAUGAACUUGGUCUCCCAGCCGGUAUUGCUGUCGGAAGCGGUGUCAUUGACGCUUAUGCCGGAUGGAUCGGUACUGUUGGUGCAAAGGUCAACCUUGGAACAGAUUAUCUCGAUACCGGAGCACCCAAAAACGACAUCUCCCAAGCAUUCAGCCGUCUUGCAGCUGUAGCUGGAACCUCCACCUGCCAUUUGGCCAUGUCACGCGAACCUGUUUUCGUUGAUGGAGUCUGGGGUCCUUACCGAGAUGUUCUUCUGCCUGGUUACUGGAUGGCAGAAGGUGGCCAAUCAGCUACUGGUGAACUCCUCAAACACGUCUUGGAGACCCAUCCAGCAUAUAAUGAAGCUAUGUCCAUGGCAGAAUCAUUCAACACGAGUAUUUACGAUUAUCUGAAUUCUCAUCUUGAGGAAUUGAUGGAGAAGGAUAACGCCCCAACUAUCUCAUACCUCGCACGUCAUUUCUUCUUUUACGGUGAUCUCUGGGGUAACCGUUCACCAAUUGCCAACCCAAAGAUGACCGGCUCAGUUAUUGGUCUUACCAAUGACCGCAGCAUGGACGGCCUAGCUAUUCAUUACUACGCAACCAUGGAAUUCAUCGCCAUGCAAACGCGCCAAAUCGUCGAAACCAUGAAUAAUGCCGGCCACACCCUCACCUCCAUCUUCAUGUCCGGAUCGCAAUGCCAAAACAAAAUCCUCAUGGAACUCAUGGCAACUACCUGCGCUAUGCCUGUUCUGAUCCCCAGAUACGUACACGCAGCCGUUGUUCACGGUGCCGCUAUGUUGGGCGCUAAAGCCGCCAGUGCAGAUAAAGAGGGCAGGACAGAGGAGCUGUGGAGUAUUAUGGACAGAAUGAGUAAGCCUGGUAAGGUGACCAGACCGGGAAAGAACGCAAAUGAGAAGAAUUUGCUGGAUGCUAAGUAUAAGGUAUUCCUUGAGCAGUGCAAGACACAGCAAGUUUAUAGGGAUCAAGUAGAUGAGGCGAUUGAGGGUUGGGGCCCUGAGUAA